AGAGUCAGAUAAAUAUAUCUGAAUUUUCUUACAAUACAAGACUGACUAUACUCCCCCCUUAAAUUAACUCAAUCUAAACUUGUUUUUGAGUGUAGAGGAAAAUGCAAGAGCAAGCGACAAGUUCCAUUGCGGCUAGUUCUAUACCUUCAAGUAGUGAGAGAUCUUCUAGUUCAGCUCUACAUCUUGAACUCAAAGAAGGUAUGGAGAGUGAUGAUGAGAUCAGAAGAGUGCCGGAGAUGGGAGGAGAAGCCACCGGAAACACGUCAGCUUCUGGCAGAGAUGGAAUUUCCACCACCGGUCAAGUUCAACCAUCAGCUGGGACUCAAAGGAAGAGAGGAAGAAGCCCAGCUGACAAAGAAAACAAAAGGUUAAAAAGGUUACUGAGGAAUAGAGUGUCAGCACAGCAAGCAAGGGAGAGGAAGAAAGCACACUUGAUAGAUCUGGAAGCAAGGGCGAAGGAAUUGGAAACAAAGAAUGCAGAACUUGAAGAGAGGUUGUCCACUUUGCAAAACGAGAACCAAAUGCUUAGACAUAUACUGAAGAACACAACAGCAGGUGCACAGGAAGGGAGGAAGUAAACAUAUGAUGGAUCUUAUCACUACAAGUACUGGAUAUGUCAUUAUGCUUGUUUAGAUCCUAUGUGGGCAUUGAAGAGAGAAUGUCUUCUGAAUUUGAGAAUGCAUUGCUUGUUUGUGGGUGGAUAGUUUGUCUUGUUCUGAUUUGAUGCAUUUCAUACAUACUACUCUUUAGGUGUUGUGGAUUAGCAGCAGAAAGUGAAGGAUUGUAGCUAUGUUAGUGAAGGACUAAUGAUUGAAGCCACCAUCAUUUGGCAAGUUGCAUGGACUCUCUUGGAUGAUAUAUGCUGCAAUUACUACAAUCUCUACAA